AUGAAUGAUACUUCUGAUAGUCAAAUGAUAAAAAAAGAAAAUUCAAAUAAUCAAAAGAAAUUAGAUAAUAGUGAUUCAAAAGCCAAUAAUCAGAUUAAAGUUUACAAAAGACUUAUUAAAAAUAUAAAUGAAAUUUUAAAUACAUUCAAACAAUUUAAUCAAGAAGAAAAAGAGAUUGAGUUAAAUUGGACCCCAUUUCAUUAUGAUAGAUAAAAGAAAGAAGGUAAUGAAGAUUAGUCAUCUAAAGAUAAACAAUAUGUGAUUAAUGAUGGACCCUUACCAUUGCUUGGAAAAGUUAUAAAAACAAAAAAUCAAAAAACAAAAAAAGAUGGUGGCAAUAUCUAGCCAUGUUGCAAUUUGAUUGGGUCAAUUUCUUUUCGGAUGCACAAUAAGUGCAUUAAUUUGUGGAGCUGCGUUACCUAUAGGAAAAACUUUUAUAAAUAGAGGAAUUUCAGAUAUGGUCUAUUCUAUCAAAGCAGCUUGGAAAGGAUUAGAAAUUAAUUGGGGAGCUUGGGGAAAAACAAAAUGAUUAAUAUUGCAUCAGCCUUAGUCUUAGCAGGACCUUUUGGAAUUAAGGAAGCUCUCCAAAUAGGAGGCUAAGCCUUUAAAUCAAUACAGUAAAUUGAUAUUACUGAAUUUUCGAGAUAAAUUCCAACUGUUACAGUGGAUGGAUUGAAAAAAACAGGUUUUUGGUUAAGUGAUUCAAAUAUAGUAAAAAUCUAAAAUUAAUAUUAAACUUUGUAAAUGAUAUAAGAAACUGUUUUAAAAACAUAGAAUAAUAUUCAAAUAUUAAAUUUAGCAACAGAAGUUUUAGGAGAUUAAGUUAGAAAUGGAGCUAUUUCUGAAAGUAUAUCGUGUAAUCUGUACGAUUUAAUUAAUUAAUGUUUUUAAUAAUCUAAAGAGACAAUUAAUGUUUUCAAAAUAGUUUUUGUGAAUUAGGAAAAAAAUAUUUAAGAUUAUAGAUAGCUAAAAGUAAUAGUAACAAAUCAGAAAAGAAUUUAAAAAAAAAAUUGA